UUGACCUGUACGAUGUUUCCUACUCACUGAAAUCGCACACUGACCUGUUCUACAUCAACACCAGUGGGACCAUCUGGACCAAAACGCCACUGGACAAAGAAAGGCAGGAGUGGUACAUCCUGGACGUAGAGGCAGUGGACACGAGGACACCCCCAACAUCAGCCAUUGCAAUGGUCACAGUUCAGGUGGACAACGUGAACGAGGCUCCACAGUUUUCCUCUGACCUUUACACCGCCUCCAUCUUCAGCAUCGCCCCGUAUAAAACCUCCGUCAUCUCCGUCAAGGCCUCAGACCCCGACGUCGGUGACGAGGGCCUGCUGGUCUACAGUCUGUCAGCAGGCGGCUCUUAUUUUGACGUGGACCCGUCCUCGGGUCUGGUGUACGUGGUGUCGGCUGCAGCUCUGGCCGAACAGACGGCUGCAGUGGAGGUGACGGCCACAGACCCCCACGGACUUAAAGCUACAACCAGGGUGGUGGUGGAGGUACGGGGGAGUGCGAGCAGCAGCAACGUGGUGACCAUCUCCCUCAACCAGCCUGCCAACAUCGUGGACAGAAAAGUCCCAGAGCUGGAGAAGUCUUUAGGUGCAGCUCUGGGCUGGAGAGUGACCAUCCUGGACGUGUGGCAGUCUGAGGGAGGAGCCUCCGAGUCCAGAGCGCUGUCAACCGCUGUGAGGACUCUGGUGAGCUUCAUCGCUGUCGAUGGAGAGGAGGUCGUCUCUGCAGAAGUCGUCACAGAGAAACUGCACAGCCAAUCAGAUGUCGUGAGGGCUGAGCUGGUCAAAGUGUUCGGGGAGGGGUUUCAGUAUGAUGUCGAGCUGAAGCCUCAAAGCCCCGCCUCCGACCAGGCUGCCAUCAUCGCUCUGGGCGUACUCUUGGCUCUGAGCAUCCUGGGACUGAUUAUCACCACCGUCUUGAUUGUCAGGUUCAAGAGGAAGGAGAAACAUCAGGCUUUUGACAAGGAGACUUUUGACAUUGACCGAAACACUGAGAGUUACAGGAACGGUUCUCUGAGACCUGGAACCGAACAGGUAUGGACGAGGCCACAGGAGGUGAAACCUGAGGCCGGGCAGCACAAGACGGACAGACAGACGGCUCAGUGGGACAGACAGACGAACAGCGUGAAAUUUAGAGAGGAGAUUAACGAAAGCCAUGUCAUCUCUUUCUGAGCCAGACAACUUUGUCAAACUGUAGAAUCUGUGCCACUAAAACACUAAUUAGAACGAAUCAAAACCGGCAUUUUAAGAAAAGCUUUUAUAAAUUGAUCCUUUUUCAUGAUAAAUUCUAAAACAAUAAACUCAAACAGCUGAGCUUUGUUUGGACCAAUCACAGCUGUUGGACUUCAGUGUAAUGUGGCACAAGAUUUAAAUGAAUGAGCCAUUUUUAAAUUCACGAUGCCCUGUGGCGCCGUCCGGUAAACAGAGUUCCAGUUUGUCACCUUUAAAGGACGCAGCCAGGGAUUUGAUAUGUUUGUUAUGUUGCACAAACCCCGUCCAGAGACCAGCAGCACCAGUGGAUGUGGUUCCUCACUG